GGAAUAAUUGGCCAAGGAAGUCAGCUUUUCAAAGCUCAGCAGAUCUGACUUAACUUCAUCAAGGAUGGCACCGAACAGCAGUGGCCUAAGGAGAAUGUGCAGGUUUCUUCUCUUAGUGAUUGUCUUUCUGCCACGUGAAAUGACAAGUUCGGUUUUAACUGUGAAUGAUAAAACUGAGAACUAUAUUCUGAACACUCAGCUUGGCUCUGAAGAAUCUCUGAAGUGUGCUGUUCAAAACCACACUGGGGAUGAAGAACUUCUCUGGUACCGAGAAGGGGGGACAGUGGACUUGAAGUCUGGAAACAAAAUCAAUUCCAGCGCUGUGUGUGUGUCUUCCAUCAGUGAAAAUGACCACGGCGUCACCUUUACCUGCAAGCUGCAGAGGGAUCAGUCGGUGUCCAUCUCAGUGGUGCUGAAUGUCACUUUUCCUCCUGUCCUAAGUGGAGACGAUUUCCAAACGGUUGAGGAAGGCAGUGAUGUGAAGCUGGUUUGCAAUGUGAAAUCCAACCCCCAGGCUCAAAUGCUGUGGUACAAAAACAGUAGCAUCCUAAACUUAGAGAAAAACCAUCACCAAAUCCAACAGACGAGUGAGUCUCUUCAACUGUCAAUCACCAAAGUCAAGAAAUCUGACAAUGGAACCUACAGGUGUUUUGCAAGUUCAUGGCAAAUAAAGACUAAGGACUUUCACCUCUUUGUCAAAGAAAGAGGUUCGACUAUACCAAUUGAACCCAUUAUUGCUGCAGCUGUGGUGGUCUUUCUGACGUUGUGCUUCGGACUGAUUGCUAGAAGGAAAAGAAUAAUGAAGCUCUGCAAAAAGGGUGAAGAUCCUCAAAGAGAAACAGCUCUGUAA